CACCGCAUCCAGCACCUCUUACGAUGCCGUCCCGUACGCGUUCGCGCGCCACCCUCGGCCUCGUGUCGCUCCUCGCCCUCGCAACCUUGGCGCUCGCCCAGACGGCCGCGGUCGGAGCAAACGGCGGCGAGGGCGGCGCACUGACUGGGCCAGUGUCUUCUCCUGAGAGUGCCGGCUACACGUGCGACUCGAGCCAGUGCAAGUUGCCAGACUGCCUCUGCGCUUCUACCUCGCCGCCUGGCGGCCUCGACCCGAAGAACGUGCCGCAGUUCGUCACCUUUACCGCCGAUGACGCCAUCCAGCUCUACACCAAGGAGGUCAUGUCGUACUUUCUCGGCGGCCGCAAGAACCCGAACGGCUGCACGCCGCGCAUGACCUACUACACGAGCCUGUCGUACACCAACUACUCGAUGGUCACCGAGAUGUACGUCAACAACAACACCGAGAUCGCCGACCACACGAUGACGCACGCCGGCACGCCCAACGUGUCCGAGAUCACGGGCAACCUCAAGGCGCUCAACGCGUUCGCCGGCAUUCCGCUCAAGGACAUCAUCGGGUUCCGCGCGCCGCUUCUCAGCUGGAACGGCAGCACGCUCGAGGCGCUCCACAACGCAUCCUUCACCUACGACUCGUCGAUGACGAGCGCGACGUACGCCAACGCGAGCAACACGGACGCCUUCUGGCCCUACACGCUCGACAACGGCGUCGCCAACAACUGUCUCGAGCAGGCCGACAUCUGCCAGGGCCGCCUCAAGCUCCCCGGCCUGUGGGAGAUCCCGAUGUACUCGACGUUCGGCGACUCGCAGAGCGACAUCCACCUCAUGGACCCGUGGCUCGACUCGACCGACUACGCCAAGGUCCUCGAGUGGCUCAAGUUCUCGUUCUUGACCCACUAUGACGGCAACCGUCAGCCGUUCGGCCUGUACUCGCACCCUAUCCACCUCGCCGUCGGUUACCCGGGCGUCGACGACCCUAUCGCCAUGCGCGAGAUGCUGCAGGAGUUCCUCGACUGGGUCCAGUCGCACGAUAACGUGUGGAUCGUGAGCAACGCCCAGCUCCUCGAGUGGGUGCGCAACCCGGUCACCAACGACAAGAUGGGCGACGUCGACGCCCUCAAGUGCGAGGUGCCCGCCGUGCCCGCCGACGACAAGAUCUGCAAUGGCAUCCCCCAGAACAUGGCCGGGCUCCUCAACAAGUGCGACUUUUACGAGUUCCCGUGGCAGACGUGCUACUACUGCCCGGGCGACUCGCCCACGCCCGACAACCCGGUCCCGGCGCCUCGCGAGGGCGACACGCGGCACACGCUCCCGUCCGACUGCUUGACGGCUUUCUUCGACCCGAUCAAGAACGAGUGCACGUGCUCGAACGACGACUGCAAGUUUGAGGACCAGACGCGGCCGAUCGGCAACUACACGACCAACCUCGGCGGCGCGGGCGCGAGCGGGUCCGGCACGGCGACUCAGGCCGAGGUGACGGCGCCGAGCAAGCAGAACUCGGGCGCGGCGGGCGGCAGCGUGUGGUCGGUCGCGGCGGGGGCGGUCGCGCUCGUCGCCGCUCUCGCGGCCUGAGCGCCUCUCGACUCGGGCGCACGAUGGACAUUCUCUUCUCUCUCUCCUCCCCCUUUCCCGGCCCCCUCCCUUCCCCUUCCCUCCCUCGCCAUAAUUCUCGCUCCCUCCCUCUAUCACACUCGCUCGCCUUUGACAGACACUGCGCCUCACCCUCUCUGGUUUCCCCCCUCCUCGCGCUGUAGCUCUCCCCUCUUCCCCUUCUCCUUGCAACUUUU